AUGGGGGACAUGUCCAACAGCGAUUUUUAUGCCAAGAACCAAAGAAACGAGGACAACCAUGCGGCCGGCUUCGGCUGCUCGGUCAUGGAGCUCCGCUCCUUGAUGGAGCUGCGUGGCCCAGAGGCGGUUGUCAAACUCCAGGAGGACUACACGGGCGUAGAGGGACUCUGCAAACGACUGAAAACCUCACCCACAGAAGGUCUCGCAGGUGACAAAAAUGACCUGGACAAGAGAAAAGAAAUAUAUGGUGAAAACCUGAUACCUCCAAAGAAGCCAAAAACCUUCCUGCAGCUGGUAUGGGAGGCCCUGCAGGACGUCACCCUCAUCAUCCUGGAGCUUGCUGCCCUGAUCUCCCUGGGACUCUCCUUCUACCACCCUCCCGGAGAGAGCAACGGAGAGUCUUGUGGCGCGGCAGGAGGUGGGGUAGAGGACGAGGGCGAGGCGGAUGCCGGCUGGAUCGAGGGUGCAGCUAUCCUGUUGUCUGUGGUGUGUGUGGUGCUGGUGACGGCCUUCAACGACUGGUCGAAAGAGAAGCAGUUCCGUGGGCUGCAGAGCCGCAUCGAGCAGGAGCAGAAAUUCCAGGUGGUCCGCGGUAGCCAAGUCAUACAGCUGCCAGUGUCGGACAUAUUGGUAGGGGAUAUCGCACAGAUCAAAUACGGUGAUCUGCUUCCCGCUGAUGGAGUGUUGAUCCAGGGCAAUGACCUGAAGAUUGACGAGUCAUCACUGACCGGCGAGUCCGACCACGUCAAGAAGUGUGUAGAAAAGGACCCUAUGCUGUUGUCUGGCACCCAUGUGAUGGAGGGGUCAGGGCGCAUGUUGGUGACUGCUGUUGGUGUCAACUCUCAGACUGGAAUCAUCAUGACCCUGCUGGGGGCCGGCCCAGAGGAAGAGGAGAAGAAAGAAAAGAAAGGAGGGGCAGUGCAAGAUGGACAUCAGAAUACAGACUGCUCCCAUCCCCCUAUCCACCCCAUCGCAACUAUAGCCACGGAUGGGGCUGCAGGCAUUAAUGCCCCUGGCAGUGCCAGCCUAAUUAAUGGUAAAAUGCAAGAUGGCAAUAUGGAGAGCAACCAAAUUAAAGUAAAGAAGCAGGAUGGAGCAGCUGCCAUGGAGAUGCAGCCUCUAAAGAGUGCUGAAGGUGGAGAGUCCGAUGAGAAAGAGAAGAAGAAGGUGUCUGGUUCGAAGAAAGAGAAGUCUGUGCUCCAAGGGAAGCUGACCAAACUGGCUGUCCAGAUUGGCAAAGCAGGUUUGCUCAUGUCAGCCGUUACAGUCAUCAUCCUGGUCCUGUAUUUUGCCAUUGACAACUUUGUGCUGCAAAAGAACCCUUGGAUGCCAGAGUGCACUCCCAUCUACAUCCAGUACUUUGUCAAGUUCUUCAUCAUCGGUGUGACUGUCUUAGUGGUGGCCGUGCCAGAGGGGCUGCCACUGGCUGUCACCAUCUCCCUGGCCUACUCUGUCAAGAAAAUGAUGAAAGACAACAACCUGGUGCGUCACCUGGAUGCAUGUGAAACGAUGGGCAAUGCUACAGCCAUCUGUUCUGACAAGACAGGCACGCUGACCACCAACCGCAUGACGGCUGUGCAGUUUUACAUUGGAGAUAUGCACUACAAAGAAAUCCCAGAUCCUGGAGCUCUGUCACCCAAAUCACUGGACUUACUGGUCAAUUCCAUCUCCAUCAACAGCGCCUACACCACCAAGAUACUGCCCCCGGAUAAGGAAGGCGGUCUGCCGAAGCAGGUGGGCAACAAGACAGAGUGCGGUCUGCUGGGAUUGGUCAUCGACCUAAAGCGGGACUAUCAGCCAAUAAGAAACCAGAUCCCAGAGGACAAGCUUUACAAAGUCUACACCUUCAACUCUGUCAGGAAGUCCAUGAGCACAGUCAUCAAGUUGUCCGACGGGAGCUUCCGCAUGUACAGCAAAGGAGCCUCUGAGAUUGUCCUCAAAAAAUGCAGCCAUAUCCUGAACGAGGUGGGUGAGUCGAGGGUUUUCCGUCCACGGGACAAGGACGAGAUGGUCAAGAAGGUGAUCGAGCCCAUGGCAUGCGAAGGCCUUAGGACCAUCUGUGUGGCGUACCGUGACUUCUCUGGUGAUCCCGAGCCCUCCUGGGACGAUGAGUCCAACAUCCUCAAUGACCUCACAGCCAUCAGUGUUGUUGGGAUAGAAGACCCUGUCAGGCCAGAGGUGCCCGAUGCUAUCCUGAAGUGCCAGCGUGCCGGCAUCACAGUGCGCAUGGUGACAGGAGACAACAUCAACACAGCCAGGGCCAUAGCCAUCAAGUGUGGUAUCAUCCACCCCGGAGAGGACUUCCUCUGUAUCGAUGGUAAAGAGUUCAACAGGAGGAUCCGCAAUGAGAAAGGAGAGGUGGAGCAGGAGCGUAUUGACAAGGUUUGGCCUAAACUCCGAGUUCUGGCUAGAUCUUCCCCAACCGACAAACACACACUUGUAAAAGGCAUUAUUGACAGUACUGCGACAGACCAGAGGCAGGUGGUGGCUGUGACAGGAGAUGGGACCAAUGAUGGACCUGCACUAAAGAAAGCUGAUGUUGGAUUUGCCAUGGGUAUUGCUGGUACAGAUGUGGCCAAGGAGGCGUCAGAUAUCAUUCUGACUGAUGAUAACUUCAGCAGCAUCGUUAAAGCAGUAAUGUGGGGCCGGAACGUCUAUGACAGCAUCUCCAAAUUUCUUCAGUUCCAGCUGACUGUCAACGUUGUGGCCGUCAUCGUCGCUUUCACUGGCGCCUGCAUCACACAGGAUUCUCCUCUUAAGGCCGUGCAGAUGUUGUGGGUGAACCUGAUCAUGGAUACGUUUGCAUCUCUGGCCCUGGCCACAGAGCCUCCUACAGAGUCUCUGCUUAUGAGGAAGCCAUACGGUCGCAACAAGCCGCUAAUCUCCAGCACCAUGACGAAGAACAUCCUGGGACACGGAGUCUAUCAGCUCAUCAUCAUCUUCACACUCCUCUUUGCUGGAGAGAAGAUCUUUGACAUUGACAGCGGCCGCAAUGCUCCUCUCCACGCCCCUCCAUCUGAGCACUACACCAUCAUCUUCAACACCUUCGUCAUGAUGCAGCUCUUCAACGAGAUAAAUGCCCGCAAAAUCCAUGGAGAGAGGAAUGUCUUCGACGGUAUCUUCAGGAACCCUAUCUUCUGCACUAUUGUUUUUGGCACUUUUGCUAUGCAGAUUGUGAUUGUGCAAUUUGGAGGGAAGCCAUUCAGCUGUCAACCUCUGAACCUGGAAAAGUGGAUGUGGUGUGUUUUCCUGGGGCUGGGAGAGCUGGUCUGGGGACAGGUGAUAGCCAGCGUACCCAAUAGCAAGUUGCGUUUCCUGCGGAGGGCUGGCCAGUUAACCCGGAAAGAUGAGUUACCAGAAGAGGACACAAAUGAUGAUAAUGAUGAGAUUGACCAUGCAGAGAGGGAGCUGAGGAGAGGACAGAUCCUCUGGUUUAGAGGACUCAACCGCAUUCAGACUCAGAUCCGCGUUGUGAAUGCAUUCCGUAGCUCUCUCUAUGAAGGCCUGGAAAAACCAGACUCCAGAUCCUCCAUCCACAACUUCAUGACACAACCCGAGUUUAGGAUAGAAGACUCCACGCCCAACAUCCCGCUCAUCGACGACACAGACGAUGAUUCUGCUCGGAGGAGGAAGUUCUCCAGCCAGCCCUCAUCCCCCAACAAGAAUAACAACGCCAUCAACAGUGGCAUCAAUCUCACCAUCGACACCAGUAAAUCAGCCGCCUCCUCUGGCCCUGCCAGCCCUCUUCACAGCUUGGAGACCAGCCUCUAA